AUGCUGGGCAUGAACGCCAAGGCGCCUUUCGGCGUGCACCCUGCCCUGCAGGAAGCCAAGUUCGCCAGCCUGCACUCCAGCUCGGAGGCGAUGCGCCGCGUGUGCCUGCCAGCCCCGCAGCUGCAGGGCAAUAUAUUCGGGAGCUUUGAUGAGAGUCUGCUGGCCCGCGCGGAAGCUCUGGCGGCGGUGGACCUGGUCUCGCACGGCAAGAGCCAUCCUUUCAAGCCCGACGCCACCUACCAUACCAUGAGCAGCGUCCCCUGCACGUCGGCCGCGUCCAGCUCCUCGCCCCCCGUGGCCAUCUCGGCGCCCUCGCACCACCACCACCACCACGCGCAACAUCCUCACCAUCACCCGCACCAUCCCCACCCGCACCACCACGCCGGGGCGCAGCACCAAAGCCUCGACGGCGGAGACCUCCUGGAGCACCUCUCUCCCGCGCUGCUGGGCGGCCCCGAGCAGGGCGCGGUGCUGGCCGGCCCCAUGCACCCUCACGCGCACCCACACCUGGGCGCAGCCAUGGGCCACCUCCACCAAGCCAUGGCGAGCAUGGCACCCCCGGUGCCGGCUCCCCACGCGGGUUUGCCUUGCCUGGGCGAUGUGGAGUCGGACCCUCGCGAGCUGGAGGCGUUCGCCGAGCGCUUCAAGCAGCGGCGCAUCAAGCUGGGCGUGACCCAAGCCGAUGUGGGCGCGGCGCUGGCCAGCCUAAAGCUGCCCGGCGUGGGCUCCCUGAGCCAGAGCACCAUCUGCCGCUUCGAGUCGCUCACGCUGUCGCACAACAACAUGAUCGCGCUCAAGCCCGUCUUGCAAGCGUGGCUCGAUGAGGCCGAGGCCGCCUGUCGCGAGAGGAGCGCGCAGGCCGAGUUGCUGCGCGGCGCCGAGCGCAAACGCAAGCGCACGUCCAUCGCGGCGCCGGAGAAGCGCUCGCUCGAAGCUUACUUCGCGCUGCAGCCGCGCCCGUCGUCCGAGAAGAUCGCUGCCAUCGCCGACAAGCUGGAGCUCAAGAAGAACGUCGUGCGCGUCUGGUUCUGCAACCAGAGGCAGAAGCAGAAGCGCAUGAAGUACUCGGCGGGGCACUGA